GCCAAUCAGCGGCGAGGGGGCGGAGUCACUGGCGCGUUCUGACUGUUGUUAGUAUAGAGCGGACCAUCCGGUCCAUGGGGGAGAGAGCGAGAAAGUCAACAUGUCAGCCUCCAUUGUGAGGGCGACCAUCCGGGCUGUCAGUAAGAGGAAGCUGCAGGCUACCCGGGCAGCUCUUACACUGACUCCAUCUGCUGUGAAUAAAGUGAAGCAACUACUAGAAGUCAAGCCUGACAAUAUUGGGCUAAAAGUAGCUGUUCGCACUAGAGGCUGUAAUGGCUUGUCCUAUUAUCUAGAAUAUGCCAAGUCUAAGGGCCCUUCAGAUGAGGAAGUAAUUCAAGAUGGGGUCAGAGUAUUCAUAGAGAAGAAAGCUCAGCUAACUCUUUUAGGAACAGAAAUGGACUAUAUAGAAGACAAACUUUCCAGUGAGUUUGUAUUUAAUAACCCAAACAUUAAAGGAACCUGCGGAUGUGGAGAAAGCUUCAGCAUUUAAUUCAAAAGCACUCAAGUCUACGCUCAAGCUCAUGGAAAUGCCAUCAUAUUCUAGCAUUGUAAAGCACUUUGGUUGAAUCUCAGGCGUUGUGACAUGUUGCUAAGUUAAUUUGCCCUAAUAAAGGUUUGGAUUGUUUUGUAAACUAAAAGCCAUUUCAGGCAGUUUUUAUGGUGAUGAUGUUGGUCAGUCCAAAUUAGGCACAGAUCACUUAUUAAUGGGUGCCUUUUGUUUUCCCUCUCUUUUAUACAGGUUGUGUGGCUUUUAGCAAGGCUUUCAAGUGUUAAGUGAUCUUUGCCUAUAUAGUCAAACUUUAUAAUUGAUCUACAUUUAUAUGAAAAUUUUUGGUGGAAACCGUAUACAUAAAAUAUUAACAGGGCACUUUAGUUAUGCUGUGUUCUCCUGCUGUAUUACUAACACAAAAUUUGCCUUUUUAUGUCAUACCAUGGACCUAAUGAAAUGGAGAAUUUGUAAUGUAUAGAAUGUGCAUGACAAAACAAACAUCUGGUUAUGGGGUGUCCCAUAAUAAAUCAGUUUUUAGAUAUCUGCUUUUUCCUGACAGCUUCUACCUAAAAUUGUUCUUAUUACAAUUAAAUGUAUUAUCCAGAAAUUACAAUUGAAGGGCCUUUUACACUGGUCAAUGAUCCGGACAUAACAUGCCUAGUGUAAACAUCCCAGUGAUCUGUUGACGGAUGGGCAAACAUUUGCUGGCUGCUGACCCCUUUUAUAGAGGUAUUGUAUCUUCAUUUUGUUGAAGCACAUCUAACUGUAAACAGAAUGUGCCGUUGACAACCAUGCAUUUCCAUAAGUAAAGGGGUUUGAAGAAACAAUAGCAUGAGAAAACAUUGCCCAAUAAUUGGAAAGUAUAAAAUUGGGAAAUGAUCUGCUUCCUGUUCCUUUUGGUGGACGCUCGGUAAAACAUUGCCAUAAUAAGACCCCCACAGCCGCCUGCAUCUCCCAGAAAUGUAGGCAGUGGUACACUUCACUUUCCCACUGUGACUGAAACCCUGACUGAUCAAAACUUUCUCAUGUGCGUGUGACAAAUUAUUUUUAAAUGACUUAAGUGCUUUAAAGCGUACCUGUCCGAUCCCCCAAAAAAGUUAUUCAGUACCUAAUCCUGACCAUGUAUAUCUAAUUUUUAUGCCUCGAUCACCUAUAUUUAUUAUUAAAUACCUCUUUUCAUCAGCUCAUAGUGUUAGAAAUCCUCUCAGGGGAAGGGGGUGUGUCCCUCCUUGAAGUAGUGGGAGGUGAUUGGUGUCCAUAAUGGUGGGAUUUUCAGGAGCCAUUUUCUUAAAUAUUUAAAAACAUUUAAGCAAACAAAUUACAGAAGGUCUUUCACUUUCAUCAGUAACAACAUAUAAAAAGGUUUUGGAACAUCUUUAGUACCAGUUGACUUUCACAAUUACUUUUACCUUUAAGCAAUGAAGUUAUGCAUCAAAAAAAAACAUACCCCCCGCCCCUCUAUAUCUAGCACCAGUACUGCCCAUUAACUGCUUGAAAGUUGAAUAUAUUUUACAGUUGCUCCCUUCUCCUUUGACAUGUCACUUUUCCACUCUUCAUAUUACUAUGAUCCUCAAAGAUGAUAAAUAUUCUGUAUAAAGAUCUCUAUUCACUCAAUAUGUUGUUAGAAUCUUUUAUAGUCCCAGGGAUCUCUUCUGAGGGACCAAAUUGACACUUGGAUUGGAUCACUAUUAACUCUUCAUUAAGUCUCAAUCACCCCUAUUAAACCAUUUGGCUUUUGUGCAAAUUAAACACCUUCAAAACUUCUAUAAACUCACAAAGAUACACAUUAAUGUAAGCGGCUAAUUUUGAUCAAAACAAGUUAAACAAUGACCGAUUGUUUUAGCCGACCUGUGACACUGUUCUAAAAUGUAAGGGGUAUUCCAGGAAAAACCUUUUAUUUUUAUUUUUUUUAUCAACUGGCUCCAGAAAGUUAAACAGAUUUGUAAAUUAGUUCUAUUAAAAAAUCUUAAUCCUUUCAAUAAUUAUCAGCUGCUGAAGUUGAGUUGUUCUUUUCUGUCUGGCAACAGUGCUCUCUGCUGACAUCUCUGCUUGUCUCAGGAACUGCACAGAGUAGAAGAGGUUUGCUAUGGGGAUUUGCUUCUACUCUGGACAGUUCCCGAGACAGGAGUCCUCAGAGAGCACUUAGACAGAAAAGAACAACUCCACUUCAAUGGCUCAUAAGUACUGAAAGGAUUAAGAUUUUUUUAAUAGAAGUAAUUUACAAAUAUGUUUAACUUCCUGCUGCCAGUUGAUAUAUAGAAAUAUUUUUUUCCUGCAUAACCCCUUUUUUAAUUCAGUCUUAUUUAAUAUUGUCAUCUGCUAAGCUGAUUCGAGUGCCUGGUGUCAUUGAUGUGUGACCAAUCUGAAUGACUGUGAUCACUUUAUAUGGACUAAUGUGUGUGGCUGUGUCUGCAAAAGGAUCAGUCAUUGUUCAACCAACAACCUGUUUCUUGCCAAUGUAUAUGGCCGCCUUUUAAAUGUCCUGUUUGAUGCUUCCUAUGAGUAGUUCAGUCUCAAACUACCUGUAUUUGUUCAAUUAUUAAGAUAUGCAAAAUGUGUGUGUAAUAUAAUAUCUAAGCACUGAUGUAUUUCUGUUCAAGUACCCUCAAAACGCACAAGUAGAUUCUUUAACUUGAACAGUAAUUUAUAAUAUGGAACACGUUACAGCUUGGAAAAGCCAGUGUCUUGUGUUGUGUACAUUUUGGUUUAAAAAAAAUAAAUAAACAAACUAUAUGUUGA